UGUAAACAUUAUCUUUGUUGUUGUCAUGGGCGCAGUCUGCAACAAAGCCAAAUUACGAUUGUUUUCUCCGCAACCGAAAUGAACAAUUACGAGAUCUUACACCCAAUUGGCAGGGGUGCUUAUGGAAAUGUCUACCUAUAUCGCCGUCUGUCUGACAACAAACAUGUUGUGAUUAAGCAGAUACCCACUGAGUCUAUCACAAAUGCAGAAUGUGAGGUGACAAAGAAUGAGGUGAGAGUGCUUGCGAUGUUUCAGCAUCCAAAUAUCAUUGAAUAUUAUGACAAUUACCUUGACAACAACACUAUUAUGAUUGUCAUGGAGUACGCACCUGGGGGCAACCUGUAUGACUAUCUUCGCUCGAGAGGGGAAGGGAACCUCCUCCCAGAAGAGGAUGUGUUGAACCUCUUCUGCCAGCUGGUGCUUGGGAUGCUACACAUUCAUGAGAGUAAAAUUCUGCAUAGAGACAUUAAGUCGAACAACAUUCUUCUGGACAGAUCUCAUCGUGUUGUUAAGAUUGGUGACUUUGGUAUCUCAAAAAUCCUGAGUAGUAAGAGCAAGGCACACACGGUUGUGGGAACUCCAUGUUACCUGAGCCCAGAGCUGUGUCAGGAGAAGCCCUAUAACCAGAAGAGCGAUAUUUGGGCCCUCGGUUGUGUCCUCUAUGAAAUGCUGACUUUGAAGAGAGCUUUUGAAGCUGAAACGAUACCAGCCCUGAUCAUGAAAAUCAUGCGAGGGAUCUUUGCUCCCAUCCAUCCACGCUACAGUGCUGAGAUGCGCUCCCUAGUCCACCUGCUGCUCCACAUGGACCCAGCUCAGCGACCCAAUAUUCACCAGGUGAUCAGCCAGCCCCUCAUCUUCCCCACACUGUUCAAGCUGCACGCUGACUUGGGGAUGGUGCGCUGCGUAUCCAGACCCCUCCGCCUUUCAUCAGUGGGCACACGCACCCGUUCCUCGAGGGGGAGUGAGGACUCCACUGAUAGGGAAAAAAACGAGGGUGAGAGGAAGGGUGUAAGUGAGGAGGUGGUGAAGCAACCUGCAGCUUCUUCAUGUGUCUACUGCUGGCAGCCCCAUGGCACCCCUUUCAAACUAUCCACUGGGGAGAGUGAAGGGGAGGUGGUGCAGGUGGCAGCAAGCAACACCCACCAUGUGGGGGUGACCAGUGCAGGACAGGUUGUGCUCUGGGCCAGACAGAAUUCGGAAAAUAAAGACAGGAAAGGAACAGGGACAAAAGCUGAUAAUCAGGAUUCCCCCCCUCCCCAUGUGGUCCCCCUAACCCCCACGCUGGUGAGAGCCCCUUCGUCGGUAACUAUUGUGCAGGUGGCGUGUGGGGAUGGCUUCAUGGCAUGUGUCACAAACCGUGGCAUUCUCCUGACCUGCGGAAAGGGGUCAUCGGGCAGCCUGGGUCAUGGGAACACCAGCAACGUGGAGCAGUUGAGGAUUGUCGAGUCCCUGUUGAGCAUAUCGGUGAAGGAAGUGGCGUGUGGGUCGUCGCACGUGGUCGCCCUCUCUGUUGACCACCAGGUGUUCUCUUGGGGUUGUGGGGAUAAUGGUCGGUUAGGGAUUGGAUCACGGAAAACCCAGCUGUGGCCACACCAGAUAGAGCUCCCCCACGCCCCUGACUCCUCGCAGUAUAAGGUCACUGGCAUUGAGGCGGGCGAAGACUGCACAUUCCUUGUCACUACGGCGGGCGUGCUCUUUGCUUCUGGGUCAAAUAGAAGCAACAAGCUGUGUGUGGAUGAGACCGACCUGGCUGGCUGCGAGACUCUGAAGCAGGUGGAGGAUGUAGCGACGUUUGUGGCUGUGUGCUCCAAGCCUCUUGCCAAUGCUGCUCUUGCCCAGGUUGCUGCGGGAAAACACCACUCCAUCUUUGUCACUGAAUCGGGUGAGGUGUUCACUUCAGGAUCCAACGCAGGUGGGCAGCUGGGACACGAGGGUGCCCACAACCCACGUGUACCUCGACGUGUGAUGGAGCCAUUAUCCCGUUCACAGGUUGUUAAGGUUGCCUGUGCUAGGGACCUCUCACUUGCUGUCACAGAAGAUGGCAGAGUGUUCUCCUGGGGAGGCGGAGAAGGAGUAAGUGAGCCUUCCCCGCCUAAGGAAGAAGUCAUAGCCUUUGAAGAGCCAAGGACAAGAACACGAGAUACCUUUAAGAAUUUUAUGCGCCCUUUGCUGGUAUCCCUGAAACAGAGCACAAGAGGGAGGGUGUUGUCAAUAGCAGCAUCCAGGGAGCUUGUCCUUCUCUGUCACAAGUCAUAAAUGCAGCUCCUCUCAGCUUCUCAACCACCUUUGCCUUAUAUCAUAGAAUAGUCAUUCCUGUAACCUGUUGGUGCUAAGAUAAAUGUGUGAUAUGGGUACAAAUAUAUAUAUUUCUUAUUUUAUUAUUUUAUUUUUUAUUUUUUUGAUGGAUUGGGAAUCGCAGUGAUGAAAGGUUGAAAAGGACUUUUUAUUUUUUCUUAGGGCUUAUUGGUAUAGAUUAUUUAGAAGGAGGAAUAGAAUGAAAAUAAACCCCUUUCCAGAAGUCAUAGUUGGUGCUAAGCUAUUUGUUUAUUAUAAUUUUGUAAAUGGUUAUUAUUAGUAUUAGUAGUAUUUGAUUAUAUAUUGUGAUAGUUUCAUAUUUAUGGUUGGUCUUGGAGAGGAACAUGUAGCAAUGGAAAGAUGAAGGCUAUUAACCAGAACUCAGAAUGUUAGUACAAUUGAUUCUCAAGAUUUUAAAGUAUGCUACAGCCCCUGAGACAAGAUUGUAAUGUAAUAAUAUAUUUUUUAUGAAUAUUUUUCAUGAAGUUUUGUAAUACCUACAAAACCCUAAUGAAAGACAUUUCAAAUAGUUUAAGGAAGAAAAUUUUAUUUUUUAGUUACGUUAUUGAAUGUGGAAUGAGGAGAAAGUUAAAAUCAAAUGCUUUAAAAAAAAAAAAAAAAUUCUGAUGUAUGCAUGUCAUUCUAUAGAUUUUUUUCUUUCCUCAGCAUAAAGGGAUGCAACUUCUUUACUGAUGUGAAAAUGUUGAAAAAAGUGAUUUUAUAACAUACGAGUGAUGUGAUAUGUAUUGCUGCACAUAAAUUGGUUACUGAUUUUCGUGGCGAGAGGUGUGAUUUUACUGAUUCUUUAUACAACAAAUUGUGUGUUUGUGGAUUAUCUGAAUUACAGAGUAUGUACACCGAAUACAGUAUAGAAGAACUU